UCGAAAACCAAAAUGUCUCAAAAAAUGACCGUUUUGUUAGUUUUUUUCCUCUUCCAUUUCUACACCACCACAUCAUCAGACCCGGACCCGGUCCAAGACUUCUGCAUACCCGAACCAAAACAUGGCUCCCAAGGGACCGUCCGAUUCAUCGGGUCGGCUUGCAAGAACAUAUCCAACGUGACCGUCGACGACUUCGUAUUCGAUGGCAUAAGAUCUCCUGGAAAUUUCACACCGAUGGGUUUUGCGGGUCUCUCGGUGAACCCGACCAUCUUCCCGGGUCUCAACACGCUAGGUAUGUCGUUCGUUCGGGCCGAUCUCAACGUGGGUGGUGUCAAUGUGCCACAUUUACACCCGAGAGCGACUGAGAUCGCGUUCGUGAUUGAAGGGAUGGUCUACUCAGGAUUCGUUGACUCAAUGAAUCGGGUCUUCGCUAAGGUGAUCCGAAAAGGUGAGGUGAUGGUCUUUCCAAAGGGUCUGGUGCACUUCCAGAUGAACGUUGGUGAUUCAACGGCUACGAUCUUCGGGAGUUUUAACAGCCAGAAUCCUGGAAUGGAAAGAAUCCCAAUAGCUAUUUUUGGGUCUGGGAUCAAAGGGGAGCUUUUGGAGAAGGCCUUUGGAUUGAAUGCUAGGGAAGUUGAAAUGCUGAGGAGGAAGUUCAAUCCCUAAGAGGUGGUAGAGAGCACAUGAGAAGCAAGGGCAGUUUGGUCAUUUUGCGUUAUGUGUUUUAUUUAAGAUAAGCUGGUAAUUUUCAUUUUUCAUUACUUUAUGGAGUUUUCAUUAAUGAGAGUUAUUUUAGUAAUUUAAAAUGGU